UAGACUACAUCAAAAAUGGGAAGAACGGUGAAAAGGGCUGUUGUAAUCGGAAACGGAUUAGCAGGUGCCGAGAAUCAAUGUUUUGGAUUGAUUCGAGCUUUGGGCCUUUCUCAUUCUCCCACUCUCUAUCGUGUUCGUAGGCCGACAGAUGGGAUUCAUAAAUGGCUUAACUGGCUCCCUGUUUUUACAAACCAAAGACUAUCAAGGCAACUCUUUGACCCACGGUCCACUGUUUACGAUAAAUCAAAUAUCUUAGAAGCCGAUGCCGAACUAAUUGCAGCCAAUGCUACUGAGACUUUUGACAAGGAUGGUCCAUUAUUGGUUGUUGCAUCUGGUCGGGAUACUAUAUCUGUCACAAGUUCGAUUAAACGGUUAGCUCCAGAUCAUGUUUUCACUGUACAGAUACAACACCCGCGGUCUCAUCUGGAUAGGUUUGACUUGGUGAUUACUCCACGUCAUGAUUAUUAUCCACUGACACCCGAAGGGAAGAAACGUAUUCCUUGGUUUUUGCGUGGGUGGAUUACUCCUCGUCAACCUCCAGGAAGAAAUGUGGUCUUAACAUUGGGAGCCCUUCAUCAAGUUGAUUCAGCCGCACUACAACUUGCAACCUCAGCUUGGCAUCAUAAACUGGCAUCAUUGUGCAAACCCUUGCUUGUGGUCAACAUUGGAGGACCUAUCCGUCACUGCAGAUAUGGUGCGGACCUAUCCAGCCAGUUAGCAGCAUCAUUGCUGGAUGUGCUUCCAACUUGUGGAAGCGUCAGGAUUUCAUUUUCUAGACGAACCCCCAAACAGGUGUCCGAGGUAUUGGUAAGGGAAUUCCAUAACCAUCCUAAGGUUAAUAUAUGGGAUGGCAAAGAUCCAAAUCCACACAUGGGACAUCUAGCUUGGGCUGAUGCUUUUGUUAUAACUGCUGAUUCAGUGAGCAUGCUAAGUGAGGCUUGCAGUACUGGAAAGCCUGUUUAUGUAAUUGGAGCUGAGAGGUGUACAUGGAAGUUUGCAUACUUCCACAAAUGUUUAAUUGAAAGAGGGAUGGUGCGACCCUUCACUGGUAAAGAAAAUAUUACGGAAGCAUGGACCUAUCCUCCACUACAAGACACAAUGGAGGCAGCUGAACAUGUGAUUCAAGCACUUACAGAAUGUGGCUGGGAAUUGCAUCGAUAAUGACUCAAUUGUUCAGCCCGUUUUAGAUGAGAACUGAUGUGGGUUUUAUUUUUUCCUGCAUCAAAUUCAAGAUUUUGUAUCAAUCGAGAACACUGUUAACAGCCUGUUGUAUGGAUCUCUCAACAAUUGAAAAGGAAAAGAUAUAUAAAAUGAAAAUCUUGAUAAUGGUAACUUUUGUGUUACUAUCAAUAUGGAAGUGUUACAUCUUAUCCGGGAUCAAUCGAUUAUCGAAGUUUCUUAAACAUCUCGGUAAUACCCAAGUUGCCAGUAUCAUAUUUGAUAGGAAUGGAUUCUACUACUUCAGGAUUCAUGCGUGUCUCCAUAUUUCUUAAUUUUCUUAGCUAGUCUAGUUUUUCUUGGUGUAGUCCGUAUACCAAAACCAAAUUACCAAUUGGUUCAUCUUGUCGAUGCAUUUGUUUUAGAUACUCCCUUACUGCUUUUAUGUAUGUAUAUUAGGCAUUCUUUAAUUUAUUAACGAAGAGGUUUCUUAUUUA